AUGUUGUGGAAUAAUUUCAGUGCUGAACGACUUUCGUCCGUGACGCCUUGUGCAUAUCCACUGGUAUCGGAUGCGAUACACUGCGGUAUUGACGACCCAUUACUACGACAAAGCGUGAGAGUGUGCGAUCCGGAUAAAGUGAUCAGCAUGUCUGAAGUUGAAGUGAUCAAAGAUAAACUUGAAGAUAUCUAUUCGCAUAAGACCGAUUUCUGCAUUUGCCGACACGACCAACCACGUCCUUGCUGGUAUCGUUUCGGAUUUGCGUUUCUUCGUCAUAUGCUGGCCGUUGAUUCAGGUGUUUCACAUUUGUAUAGUCGUGAAUUUUGCCCUGCCAAUGAAACACUUCUGAGGUAUACGAAAAGUCAUGAUUCUCUUCUGCAGAGCAAAGAAUCCGUGCAACAUUAUGGUGACCAUUUCGCUCGUCUCAUCAGAGAGCGGUGGCUAAUGGGUGAAUGCGAUGAGGACGUACUCUUUUUGAUCUUACUUCGGAGGCCAGAUCAGCUGAUAAGUCGAAAUCUUAUGGCGCAUUCAUUUGGCAUACCACUCAUUCCUGCACCGUAUAUUUUCGCCUCAUAUGGACCAUUGGUUGUCGAGAAAGUGGAUGCGUUGGAUCCGAAAGAAGAAGAUUUCCCUUUGAAAUAUCGCGUCGACUCGUUAACCCGAAUUGUUGAAGCAGAGAACGAGAACCUUGAGAAUGGAUAUCCUUUGAAAGCGGUGGUGGAGCGUUUGUUGGAACGUUUUGAGCAAACGCUUUCCAAAGCCGAAGAAGCGUACUCCGCGCCAAGAGUACGACAUCAUAUACCCGACUGGGCGAUUGCCGUUUUUGCCGCAUGUGCAUUCCUUUGUAUUCUUAUGGCAUUCGGAUUAUGUUUAAUGCGCACCUCAGUUCGACGUGGUUCACAACGAGGCAAGCCAGCCGAUACGGCACGACGUUGGAAGGCUGGAUUUGUUGGUGAGAAUAUGGAAGGUGUUCCUACUGGAGGUGUUAAUCUUAUGCAAAUGAUGCUGAUGCCGUCGUCGUCUCGAAACGUUACAACUGCCACUGUGAACAACUAA